CCACAGUGGUAUUGUGCUGUUUAUUACAUUUUUGAUCACUACUUCACAUGGAUUGAUAGAAAGCUCCCUGCAGCGUGUGCAAACAACGGCACUCCAUGUGAUGCCGCCGUCAUGAACGUACCAAAGACCCUAAUUGUGGGGUUAGGGAAUUACACCAUGCACAAUACCAGACACAGCGUCGGCAUGUUGUUUGUGGAUCGACUGGCCGCUACACACGACGCGAAAUGGGAGUCGGUGCGCUCUGUGUAUGGAAAUGUUGCGCAGUUUCGAGUACAGAAGGCAAAUGGUAUAGAUCACGAUCUGAUUCUUCUGAAACCGAAACUAUUUAUGAAUGUGAAUGGUAAAAGCGUGGGGAAGACCUGUGCCCAGUACCUCAACAACAAUUGGAGGGAGAAGAACAGGUUAUACCUUGUGCAUGAUGAACUAGAGAAGUCAUUCGGCAAGUGGACAAUUAAGGAGAAGGGCAGUGCUUCUGGGCAUAAUGGCGUACGCAGCGUUCAUCAGGUGCUUGCUUCACAGGAUAUGCCCCGACUCCGUAUCGGCAUAGGCAAGCCGUCCAAUAAAUCUGACGUAGCGGCCCAUGUCUUGCAAGGAUUCAAUAGAGACGAACGUGAGAAACUAGAUGCCGUAUUGGACGCUUGUGCAAAGGACCUUGUUGCCCGAUUAUAGCAUCGUCCAUGCGAUGCUCGUACAUCCGUUGUACACUGGAUACAGCUGGAAAGUUCAUCUAACCCGUGGGCUUAUAUUAUUAGACAAUUACAAAGGAGCAGUAUACCUGCACUUGGAGUGGUAGUCCGCGGUUUCUCGGUUGAGGUAUAAGUAUGCUGCUCACAUUCAUCAGCAGUGGUAUAUCCAAACACGUGACCUGUGAUUGGAUGCGAUUCUUUUACACCCCGGUUUGAGAGCAGACGGAUCGCGAUGCAUACCCUAUUGAGGGGCGUGUGAUGUCUUUACAUGCCUGCUGAUUCAAAAUCUAACUGAGGUUGUCUACGGACUGUCGAACGUUGCGCUAGUACAGUAUGAAAAAGGGGGAUGGGAUCAGACCGCAUAGCAUACCUCAGUGAGAUGUAUUUGAUGCCUCACGAUGGCUGUUAACACAGAUGUUCAUUUCAGUCGUUUCCAAAAGGAACUGUCAAACUUCACUAGUCGUGAUAAGCGGAGGAGAAGGGGCGGGGGGGAUAACUGGGCUGGUUAGGCGAAUGCAUAUAGGAGGUAGACAGUUCAAGAUAGGACUAUAGGUGAGGAGGAUAUUAAACAAACAGUUGGCCUUCCAAGCAGUGCUGUGAUAAAAUAUGAAGAAGCCAAUCGGGAUCCUUUUCCCAUCGCCUUUGCUCCGAUUACUUGUCUUGAUCAAAAAAAAUAUUUUGCAUCUAAACCAUCCUCCGCCGAACAAGUUAUCAACCCCUUGGGAAAAAAUGUGAGAUGUGAGGGCCAGGUUCAACAGUGUUUUGUGAACUCUUUGCCUAUCAGGCUCGAGGAAUUCAAUUAAAGAAAAUUGCUCC